CGCGGGCGUUGCGGACGCGGGAGAAGCAGGGUCGAUGCUGGCGACGCGGGAGGGUGAGGGUGAGGACGGGCGGCAGCAGCUCCGGCAAUGGGAGAGCCAGCAGGUGGAACUGAAAAAGCAGAUGGUUGACCACAAUACCGAGGACUGGCAGAGCAAUGAAGACUUUGCAGGGUUGGAGCGGGUCGGAGGGGUGGAUUUAUCCUUCAUCAAAGAAGAUGAGGUCAAUGCUUGUGCUUCAUUAGUGGUUCUCAGUUAUCCUGAUCUUGAGGUAAUCUAUGAGGAAUGCCGGAUGGUUUGUCUCAAUGCCCCUUAUAUCCCAGGCUUUUUGGCUUUCCGGGAGGCACCCUUCCUGGAAGAAGCUGUGAGAAGACUUCAACACAAAGACCCGAGUCUUCUCCCUCAGGUCAUUUUUGUAGAUGGAAAUGGGAUGUUGCAUCACCGAGAAUUCGGCGUUGCCUGCCACUUGGGUGUCCUCACAGAUUUGCCCUGCAUUGGGGUAGCCAAGAACCUCCUGCACGUGGAUGGGCUGGAAGAAAAGCACCUGCUGAAAGAAAAGAUCAAAGACCUUCAUGAAAGAGGAAAUGCUUUCACACUAACUGGAACCUCCGGGAAGGUUUUGGGCAUGGCUCUUAAAAGCUGUGAGAAAAGCACAAAACCAAUUUACGUGUCCGUAGGCCACAGGAUUAGUCUGGACACUGCCUCUCGGCUGACCCAUUCCUGCUGUAAAUACAGAGUACCAGAGCCAAUUAGACAGGCCGACAUAAGGUCCAGAGAAUACAUUCGUAGAAAUGCUAACACAUCCUGACAGUGGGAGACAUGGUGGUCAGAAGUUAAUCUUGCAAG